CCAAACUAUUGGCCUUACCUUGGCCCCUUUCUUUACAAUAAUAUCUUGUCAAUUUGUAGAUCAGAUCUUGAACAGCUUAAAUUAAAUCAUUCACGCGCCAGUUUGAAGAUCCGCCUAUCGUCGUUUGCAAUUACAAUUCCCUGACCGCCGCCACCGUCGUCCUUGUCGUUCACAACCUCGGAACCAUCGCCGUCGCUAUUUAGAUUGAACUUCAUUGUAGUUGACCACUUUGAAGCAAUAGCUGUCGCUGCUUAGAUUGGACUGAAGGGAAGUAAGAAGCCCUAAAUACCUGCCUACCCCUAUCCCCUGCUUCUUUCUCAGACCCAAAGGAAUUGGCUGAUUUAAAGGCGUCAGUUCGGGAGAGAUUCAAUAAUUUACCCGAUUUUAAUCCAAUAUAUUGAGGUAAAAUCAUCGUUUUGUUUGUAAAUGUUUCUUUUAUAUAGCUGGGUAGAUCUGUCCGUGUGCAAAUAUAUGUUUUGUUUAGCUUUGAUGACUUCAAAAUUGCGCAAAAUGGAAAAUGGAAUUUGUGUUGGGUUUAUUUAUUUAUUUUUUGAAAUUAUUGGAUUUAUUUUUUUGUUCAUAGCAGUUCAAUUCUGAAACUUGCAUAUACAUAUACAUAAUGUGCGUAUGUACAGAGAAAUUGGUAAUUGAUUUGUAAUGAUUUUCUUUCUAUAAAUUCAUUCAUUUAUCUGUUAAAUUUAUGCUACUAUCUUAAUUUCCUUGCCCCCUAAAUUCAUUUUGUCAAAAUCCAAAUCUUGUGUGACUAUUGCAAAUAUAUUAGGAAAUACUAAUUGUCAACAAUCAAAAUCACAAACUUCAAACUGUUAUCACAUAUCCAUACUAUAUUAAUCAUUGUAUUUAUUAGAACAAACAUAUUAGACAAUCUAAAGUUUUGAAAAAGUUUUGGGAUAUUUGACAGAACUAAUUAUUAUGCAAAAUCUAAUAAACAUAACAUUACAAAGUUCAAAUGAUACAUGCUUUUUCCAUUUUAUUCAACUAUAUAUUAGAACAAAUCUAGUAGACAAUAUAAAGUAUUGAGAAAUUGGAGAAAUUAAUUAUUAUACAAAAUUUAGUGCAUGUGUUUGUAAAUAGACAUACAAGUACACAUGUUUAUAGCUUAAUUAAUUGGAUAAUGUUUCCUAUUUUUGCUCCCUUUCUAAGCAAGCUCCAUCAAUGGCGGGUAUCAACAUUGCCUACCUCUGGCUUCUUGUUCUCUUUAGCAUCCCCCUCUGUCUCCUUGCUCUCCUAGUUCUAAUUGUUAGGCCCCGCCCUGUCAAGAUUCCUAUAAAAAACCGCCAUGUGUUCAUCACUGGCGGAUCAAGUGGAAUUGGGUUGGCUUUGGCUCAUCAAGUCGCAUUGGAAGGGGCUCAAGUGUCCAUCCUAGCCCGUUCCCUCGAAAAGCUCAAGGAAGCAAAGCACAUGAUCCAGCUUUCCACUGGUGUUGAUGUGGCAAUUUUUGCAGCAGAUGUGAGGGAUUUUGACUCCAUACAAAAGGUGGUGGCUGAGGCAGGCCCUAUUGAUGUUUUGGUGGUGAAUCAAGGUGUUUUUCUGCCUCAAGAGCUAGAGAAGCAGGAAUUGGAUGAGGUCAGGUUCAUGAUAGAUGUGAACUUGAUGGGAAGUUUUAACAUGAUUAAAGCUGCUUUGCCCGGAAUGAAGACUAGGAAUGGGCGUGGGCCUGCCUCUAUUGCUCUCAUGUCAUCUCAGGCUGGUCAGGUGGGCAUAUAUGGUUACACUGCUUAUUCAGCUAGUAAGUUUGGCCUUCGGGGUUUAGCAGAAGCAUUACAACAGGAGGUCAUUGCAGAUGACAUCCAUGUCUCCCUUAUAUUCCCUCCUGACACGGAGACUCCUGGUCUUGCUGAAGAAAACAAAAGAAGGCCACAACUCACAAGUAUCAUUGCUGCCUCCUCUGGUGCAAUGAAAGCAGAUGAAGUUGCCAAAAAAGCUUUAGAUGGCAUCAAAUCUGGUAGUUUUGUUGUCCCAUGCAACAUUGAGGGAUCCUUAUUGGCCAUAGCAACUGUUGGUUUAUCCCCACAAAGAUCAUUCUUAAUGGCAUUUGUGGAGGUGGUUGCUGCUGGUCUAGUACGUCUAGUAGCGCUUUGUUUCCAGUGGAAUUGGUAUGGAAGUAUAGAAAAGUGGCACGCAGAAAAGAAAUAGCAAGCAUUCAGUAUCACCCUCAUGUAAUUUCUUUUUUGUGUGAUGAAUAGAGCGCCUGGUUCGUCAGAUGGUGUUAACCUUUUGUGUUUUGACAUUGAUUUGUCAUACUGUGUUAAGAUUAUAUUGAAGCAAUAUUAAAGUGUAAAAAUGAAAA